AUGGCGGCGACGAUAGCGACGAGGUCUAAGCUGCGGGAGUAUUUCCAUACCGAGUAUCAACCUGGAGAGCAGAAACUCGUGCAAAAGAUAGAUUUCUUCAUCUUGACCUUUUGCUGUCUGAGUUACUUUACCAAUUAUCUAGAUCGGUCCAAUCUCAGCAAUGCCUACGUCUCGGGUAUGAAAGAGGAUCUGGGCUUCGUAGGCGACCAGCUGAACCAGAUCAACACCUGCUUCACGGUCGGCUACGUAAUCGGCCAGAUCCCUGCCAAUCUAUCGCUGCACUAUAUCAAACCGCGAUAUUUCUUCCCGGCCUGCAUGUUCAUCUGGGCUUGCUUGACUAUGGUCACGGCCUCGGUGCAUAACCCGCAGAGCAUCAUGGCUAUCCGCUUCUUCCAGGGCAUAGUCGAGGCCACUACCUUCGUCGGCACCCAUUACAUCCUCGGGUCCUGGUAUACGGAGCGCGAGUUGGGGAAGCGCUCUGGCAUAUUCACUGCUUCCGGCUUGGCUGGGACUAUGAUUGGAGGCUUUAUCCAGACGGGUAUUCACUCCAGUUUGGACGGUAGAAAUGGUCUCCGUGGAUGGCGUUGGUUGUUCAUUAUGGAUGGCAUCAUCACAUUGCCAGUCGCACUCUACGGUUUCAUCUUCUUCCCAGAUACGCCAUCAACAACUGAGGCUUUCUAUCUUACCGAAUCCGAGAAGGCCUUAGCCGUAUCUCGCGUGCCACCUGUAGAAGAUCGAUCGCCAAUAUCUUGGACCUUCUUCAAGAAAUCAUUCUCAUCCUGGUUCUUCUGGGGGUUCGUUGUGCUCUGGAUCAUUGCCGGCGAGACCGAAUCUUUUAGUUCAAACUCCCUGCUGGCCUUGUACAUGAAGAGUCAUCCGACGAACAAAUAUACUGUUCCUCAGCUGAACAACUACCCUAGUGGUGUGCCUGCUGUUGGCAUUAUAUCGACUUUGUUCUGGGCGACGCUCACAGACUAUCUUAAUGGGAAGCGUUAUCUUGUCGGUUAUUUCAUCGGCAUCACAGGCGUAGCUACUUCUGCAAUGAUCCUAGCCGCUUCCAAAGACCCGACGAGUUCGGCAUCGACCUCUGUGGUGUUUGGCGCUUAUUACUGGGCAGGCGCCGUGUAUGCCUGCCAAGCUACCUUCUUCGCAUGGGCUAACGAUGCUCUUCGCUACGAGGAACAGAUGUUUCGAGCUGUUGUUCUAGCGGGUAUGAACCUAGGAAGUAACGCUGUGAACGCUUGGUGGAGUAUUGUCUUCUAUGGGGCGUCGAUGGCACCGUGGUUCACUAGGGGAAUGUGGGCUAUGAUUGCCGUCUCUAUCUUGUUGGCACUCUGGACUGCCGGACUGUCGUACACGACUGCCAAACAUGAAAGGAUACGGAAAGCGGAAUUCGAGCAAUCUAGUGCCGGUGGGCACAAGAGUGUUACCGAAUAUGCAUGA